AAAUCUGACUUUUCGAAUAACUUAGCCGUAAAUCUUCAAUUUUCAUUGCAGGGCUUCACAAUUAAAAUCUCCUGAGAAAUUUCCGUACCGAGAAAUUGCCGAGAACGAGAUUUGAUACAAUGAUCCCAAACGCAGAUCUUCCCUCCAUUUCUGCAAAAAAAAUGCAGAUAACGCAGAAUUCAAACUUAAAACUCUAAAAAAGCCCGCCACCCGACCCCUACACCACCGCCAGCCCCUUCUCCCUCUCCCUCCGCAUCUAACCGAUGGAAGCGUCAGACCCCUCACAUCAGACGCAGCGCAUCGUCUUCCUCAUCGAUCUCCAUCCUCUCCUCCACCUCCAAAACCCUAACCCUUACAUCUCCUCCAUUCUCUCCUCCUCCAAAACCCUCCUCUCCUUCUCUCCUCUCUCCUCCUCUCUCUUCGCUUUCAAGCUAUUCUUCUCUUCUCUCUCUCCUCUCCUCUCCACAUCCAAAAUCCACCGCCUUCUCGGCAAAUCUGCCACUUUCAUCUCCUUCGAUUCCCCAUCCCAAACCCUAAUCUCUCUUUCCCAGACACUGAUCUCCCUCUCCUGUCACUUCCCUUCCCCCGACGUCGCCGGCGAUCGCGUCUCUCCGUCCCGCGCGUCCUUCACCUCCGGAUCGCUCCGCCAGAUCACCCACGACUAUGCCUGGGAGCCUCGGAUUCGAGAUCCGAAAGGUACGUCUUGUCUCGAUGUCUUUGCCGUUCGUUCGAAUCUGGUCAUUCUCUUUUCGCCGCUCGCCCGGUCUUUGGAAUGCGUGUCUGAGUUUAUGGGUGAGGAAAUUGCCAGCGCGGAUGUGUUUUGUCAGGAUUUCUUUCGGGAUUUUGGGGCUGUGAAAGAGGUUUUUGUCAGUAGGGAUAUCCAUUUCUGUUGGGUGGAUGUUAGUUUCCAUGAAGAUUGUGAGGGAGGGUGUGGGUUUCUUGAAAGGGGAAUUAAGGACCUGGGUUGGGGGUUUUGUUCUACGGAUGCCAUCAUUUUGGGUUCUGCUCUCCUUCCUUUUGGAUUGAUUUAUCCGAACAUUGGGAGUUCGACAGCCUCCAAUAAUUAUCGGAAAGUUGGCUGUGCUGAAUUGAGUCUUCAGAUCUCAGAUGUGAAUGGGAGACCCUUAGACUGCAAGUGCUGUGAUCUUGAAUUGUUCGAUUUGAAGCUUCCAAGGGGAAGAUCUGCCGAUAUUUCCUGGAUUUUGGAACACACGAACUCAUGUGCUGAAGAUUGUGAUGAAAGGAAGCUCUUUUGGAGAGAUGGGGUUGAUGGUCUCAUGGUGAUCCGUGUUAAGGAUGUGUGGAAAGGGGAUGUUGAGGUGGCAAAGAUUGACAAUGGUGUGUCUGACAUUGUUCUUCUACGUGGGUCCUCCAGAGAAUGUGGUAAGGAUCAAAAGAUAGAUAUGUCGAGUAGAUUUUUUGCUGACAAGGUGCUUGAAAUUCUUCAGACAGAGGCGAGCGAAUUUACAGCAGGGAAGCCUGCUUGGCAGCUUCUUCUGAGUUUUCUGUAUAGAGAAAGGUAUUGGGGACUUGUGUCUAUUUCCAGUGGCGGCGGCGGCGGGGAUUCCGUCAUGGGAAUCCUAAGGCCCUUGACGAUUCACUCUGCUGUUCUCUUUAUAAUAGAUGGAGGAGUUGGCUAUGAUUCCAAUGCCAUUUUCUCUCUUGAUUUUUGCAAGUCUGUUAAUAAGACAAAUGAUGACUUGUCUGAAGCUAACGGGGAUUUGAACCGAUCAGACGUGUUUAUUAAUUCUCAAGGUGUGGGUUCUAGCUAUAGCGAGGGCUCUGGACCUGCUGAUGGUAAGAGAAGAAGACAUAAAAAGCAAUCUAAUUUGCUUCUAGACUUCACGUGGAGCUCCUUCUGUGAAGCAGUCCUUACCCCCUCCAAUGAGGGGACAACUAAUGAUAUUGGUUCCGAAAUGAAUUUGGAAGAGGUGUACUUUGCUAGGGAAAGUAAUAAUUCGAAGAAGUUGCGGUUUUUGAAAUGUUGGAUGAAACAGAUGAAGAGAUCAAGUUCUCACCGAAGAAUCAAACCUGAUGAACUAAAGGCACAGCUGGAUGUUAAAGAAGAAGUGGAAGAAAAUGCCAUUGGUUCCCAGCAAGAAAGUGAACCACCCAUUUCAUCCUCACCUUCAGUUGGGGAUACUUCUCUCAGUGGAUCCACAAACAGUGAGGCUCCAGCAGUUUCUAGCUUGGAAACUUCAGAAUCUUUCUUUGGAAGUAUAUCGCAGAAGAUUCAGCAGAGUCUUAAUUCUGAAGAAGUUGACUUGGGGUUUGUAGCAGAACGCCUCGUCAAUUUGUGUAUUCAUUGGUUCUAUGUGAAACUUGAAAGGAAUGCUACUGAAAAUCUCUUCCCUGAGAAACCGGGAGACACUUAUGAUGAGGAAGUUGCCUCUGAAGUGGAAAAACUUCUCCUGAGGAAACCCAGGGAUUUGGCAGCAAAAUACAAAGCCUGCAAAUCUUCGUCCUCCCUUGCAUCUGAUUCAAGCUCUAUAAUUAACGCUUCAGAAAAUAAAGUUCGAGAACAUGAACUGCAGAUUUUGUUUCGAAUGGAGAUGCUCCAGUCGAAUAUUGGUGCAAGCAUUGGAGAGCCUGCAAAACAGAAGAUGGUAAAGGAUAUUUGCUCGCUCCUGGAGAACAUCGAGUUCAAUCUGCAAGGGGGCAUGUUUGGUGGUGAAAGUCUUGUUGAGUUUGCGGGAAGGACAAUAAAAACCAGGUAUGCUCACUCUUUAUGUGAUGUCAUUCAUCGGAUCUACACACAUAUGGAGUUCGUGUCAUUUGAGGAUGAUGACCUAGAAGCCUCUGGGUCCUUACCCAACAGCGACAAAAAUGAUGGGCAUCAAGCUAGUGAAGAAGAAAAUGACAUUGGGGGAAAUGCAGGUGUCGGAACUACAGGAGUUUCCAAGAAGAACAACAUGUCGGCAGAAGACGAAUCUCCUUGCCUGCAAGAGAGUGACAUGAAGAGUCUGCAUGAAGUUAGAGAUACGCUGCAAGAGCGUAGGCUAAUGGAAGCUCAGGAAAGAAGAGAGAGGGCUAGGAGGUUUUCAUCUUUCACAAGCUGGGGGCCGGACUUGCGGAGAGUUUGGGCCCCUAAGAAUCCAAUUCCAAGGGUGGUGAGAGCAAAUACAGGAUCUCUUUGCAAGCCUUCGGAUAGAAGGAAACGGUCGCGUGGUUGCAACGAUGUGGUGCUUGAGACUCCAAUGGCAGGGCCGAAACAUGGGUGCAUGAACGAGGUUAAUGAUAGAAAACAUGCGAAUUAUGGGAUCAAUUCAUGUGGUUCUGUUUCAAAGGCAUUGUUCCGGAACGAUGAUGAUACCACAGCCAGCACAAUUCCUUAACAUCCGUGGGAUGCCUCUCCAUGCAUGAAUGAGGUUGUAAUGCAUAUUUGCCAGCACCACUCCAGCAUUAGUUAGAAAUGAAUCAAAUGCCAAAGAGAUUCUUGUCCUCA